CAUUUACAAAAAAUAAAAGCGUUUGGAUUAUACAGUACUUACUGGUAGAAGAGUAUUAAUAAAUCCGACAUUUUAUAUAAAUUAGUGACAAUAAAUGUAAAAACGUGUAGUCACAAUUUAAGAUUAAUUGAGGUAAAAUUGGGGACAAUAUUGUCCUCUGUGCUUGCCGUCUGUUGCCACGGCAGAUGAAAACUCGCCCAGGAGAAGCACUAAUAGACUGUCUGGACUCCAUUGAAGACACGAAAGGAAACAACGGAGAUCGAGGACGACUGCUGGUAACAAACCUGAGAAUCAUUUGGCAUUCUUUGGCCCUGCCAAGAGUCAAUUUGUCUGUGGGUUACAACUCCAUCAUAAACAUCACAACAAGGACAGCUAACUCAAAACUGCGAGGCCAAACUGAAGCUCUCUACAUCUUGACAAAGUCCAACAACACAAGAUUUGAGUUCAUUUUCACCAAUGUGGUUCCAGGAAGUCCACGGCUCUUUACUUCUGUUAUUGCUGUCCACAGGGCCUAUGAGACAUCUAAAAUGUACAGGGACCUGAAAUUACGAGCGGCUCUUAUUCAAAAUAAGCAGCUGAGACUCUUGCCCCGAGAGCAAGUGUAUGAUAAAAUUAAUGGAGUUUGGAAUUUAUCCAGUGAUCAGGGAAACCUUGGAACCUUCUUUAUCACUAAUGUUCGAAUCGUGUGGCAUGCCAAUAUGAACGAGAGCUUCAAUGUCAGCAUUCCUUACCUUCAGAUUUGGUCUAUCCGAAUAAGGGACUCAAAGUUUGGCUUGGCUUUGGUGAUAGAGAGUUCACGCCAGAGUGGAGGCUAUGUGCUCGGGUUUAAGAUUGAUCCAGUGGAUAAGCUUCAAGAUGCACUGAAGGAAAUCAACUCAUUGCAUAAGGUGUACUCUGCCAACCCCAUCUUUGGAGUGGAAUAUGAAAUGGAAGAAAAGCCCCAGCCUCUGGAAGAACUGACAGUGGAUCAGCCUCCUGAUGACGUGGAAAUUGAGCCCGAUGAGCAGACCGAUGCUUUCACUGCUUACUUUGCUGAUGGAAAUAAGCAACAAGACCGUGAGCCAGUUUUCUCUGAGGAGCUGGGCCUCGCUGUUGAGAAGCUGAAGGAUGGCUUCACACUUCAAGGACUGUGGGAAGUUAUGGGCUGAAACAAUUUGAAACAUAUUUAUUUAUAGGUCAUGUUAAAAGUUGUACAGUUUAUAAAUAGAGUCUGCAUAUAAAAUACAAUAUCAGAUAACAUGUAGGGUAUAUUUAACAUCAAGAUAUUUGUAUUAAAAGUUGUUGUAAAGUCUAAAAUGUGAAUUUAUAAUUCUGUUUGUACUGUUUAAAGUAAAUAAACAUAUUUAAAUAGAUAUUGGAGAUUACAUUUUUUAACAAUGGAAUAACACGUAUCACACGUUCACUUGUAUGUGGAAAGAACACAAUGAUCUCUGGCUAAAUACAUAACAUCACAAGGUGCUAAAGUAUUUUAAAACUAAAAAGAGGACUAACUGUCACCUCCUGUGGCAGCAGCUGUUCACUGAUCCUGUCUUCUUGUUGGAUAACCCCCCUGUGGAUGUGUCACAAACAUAAAUACUGUAGUAAGUGGUCAUUGCUGUCACUGAAUCAUGACUCCACACGUAGACGUCUCUAGAAUACACAGGAUUGUAGCAAAUGCCGGCUGUAUCUGUGAACACAUAAAGUUCUGGAACAAAUA